CAUACAGACUCUAGCGGUCCACUUUCAUUCAUCAUCCCAGCAUCAGCAUCGCCUUACUUCAGCCUCUCAGCCUGCUGGUUCCAACAGAAUAAUCAUUCAUAUUGGGGAGAUAUCAGCACGGUUUCAACGGCCUGGGUCGCACCUCUCAGCUCCCAAUACUGUGCUGCAUGGGCUUAAAGCCGUCAUGGCUUACGCCCCGCGGAGGGACUUCGACAAGGGAGGUGGCAGAGGAGGGGAUGAAGGAGGCUAUGAUGUCUACAUGAAGGCCAAGGGCAGGCGGCCCGUGACUGACUAUGGCGCAACCGUCACCCACUGGAUGCGCCAAUGGCAGCCCAGAUACAAGGGGUCCUACCGAGGCGAAGUCGAACGCCCAAGCCCCAGCUACUUGAUAGAUAUGCUCCCACCAGCUGCCAGACCUUGCAACGCAGCAGACUCCGUACCAGGCCGAUGGGUCCACCAGUCUCUCAACAAGGUCAAACACCCCGUGAAUGUCGUCAGGUGGACACCAGAGGGUCGUCGUCUAUUGACGGCCUCCAGUAGUGGAGAGUUCACGCUGUGGAAUGGCACGGCCUUCAACUUCGAGACUAUCAUGCAGGCCCACGACUCCGCCAUUCGUGCCCUCGAGUACUCCCACAGCGACGACUGGCUGAUAUCGGCAGAUCAUGACGGCGUCAUCAAGUAUUGGCAGCCCAACUUCAACAACGUCGAGAGCAUCCGUGGCCACCACGACGCUAUCAGGGACCUUGCUAUGGCUCCCACCGACACCAAGUUCAUCACCGCCUCGGAUGAUUCGACCUUGAAGAUCUUCGACUUUGCCGCCGGCCGUGAGGACACGACGCUGACAGGCCACGGCUGGGACGCCAAGACCUGCGACUGGCAUCCCAACAAGGGCCUUGUUGUCUCCGGCUCCAAGGACCAUCUGGUCAAGCUCUGGGAUCCUCGUAACGGCCGUUGUCUGACGACCCUGCAUGGCCACAAGAACACUGUCACCAAGGUCAUGUUCGAACGAGUUGUUGGUCUGUGUCUGGCCACUGCGGGGCGGGACCAGACUGCCCGAAUCUUUGACCUGCGGAUGAUGCGAGAUAUCUGUCUGAUCCGGGGCCACGAAAAGGAUGUUUCUACCCUCACCUGGCAUCCUGUCCAUGCCAAUCUCCUCAGCACCGGUGGCGGAGACGGCUCCCUGUUCCACUACCUCCUGGACGAGCCGAACACGCCUGAGGGAACAUCGUCAUCGGUUGCCGUCUACGACGCCCCUGACAAGGAGACAGCCCCUGCGCAGACAAUCUACCCAGCUCACAAGGUUCCUUUCGCGCACGAUAUGGCCAUCUGGUCGCUAGACUGGCACCCGCUUGGUCAUAUCCUGGCAUCGGGCUCGAAUGACCGUCUCACACGGUUCUGGACGCGCGCGAGGCCUGGCGACACGGAUUAUCUGAAAGACCAAUAUCAUAUUGGUGAGGCGGCGGCUAUGGCGCAUGGGACAUUCGUUGGCUCAAAGAACCGGAGGCAGAGGCAAGAGGAGGAAGCUCAAGAGGCCGAGGACGAGAUGGAUGGGCUGGAGGACCAGAAGAUGCCCCUCAAAUCAGCGUCCGCAUUCCCCGGAAUCGGAAUCCCCGGUCUGCCACUACCCGGCAGUGGUUCUUAUGUUCCCCCGCCGCCCCCGAUCCCUGGGGUCGGUGGUGCGCCGCCGCCGAAUCUUCCAUUCCCGAUACCUCCUCCAAGUCUGAAUGGCGUCCCUCCGCUGCUCCCCGGUAUGGACCCGAACAACCCACCAGAUCUCGCACAGAUCGCCGAGAUGAUGAAGAAGGCUGGUAUUCCUUUGCCGCCCCCUCCUGGCAGUGGAGUCGCCCCUCCACCACCGGGCUUACUGCCUCCAGGUCUCAUCCCUCCGCCACCCAAUUCUCAGCUUCCACCUGGCUUCGUACCUCCUCCAAUCCCUGGUAUGGGCGGUCCCGGAAUGGAUCGAGACCCCGGCGCUGGAGCUGAUAAUGGCUCGGUCCGGAGACGGGCACCGUUGCCCAGUCAGGAGGAGAGCCUGAAGAUGGAGCAAAAGAGGGGCAACUACACUCGUGCACACUGAAGGACCUGCCUAUGGACCUAGGGCCGUCGUGUAAGGAUUGAAACACGGUACAGGGUUGCAGGCAACACCUAUGCCCACAAAGCAACCCCUGAGACCUUGAUUGUGGGGCUUCAUGGGACCAAAGCUCAUUGUUCAAGCAGUUCUGAAAAGUUGGCCGAUUGCCCUCAACCCGACCUUUGAACCCCAGGGCCUAAGUAUGGUCUGCACGACGGUCGACAUGGCUGCUAGAUUGCGCUCACGGGCAAUCCCCAACCAAGCUCGUAUGAGGUCCAAUCCAGUCUUCUUUUGACUAAAGUCGGGGUUGUGGACGAUACCGCCGAGCGCUGCUGGCAAGUAAGACCAGACAGGGGCGCUGAAGAGAAUAACGAAUGUGCCUUCACUGAAGGCAGGAUGUGGAUAUGGCCGAAUGGCAGGCAUCUAGGUUGAAGCGGGGAUUCGCAUCCCUUAGUGGGGGGUUGGUUUGCUACAGGGUCGCAACUUGCGCACGCUGCUGGAACGGCUUGUGUGGUCAAAGUUGCGGUGUCGGCAUGUCGCAGCCAAGCUCAGGAACAAGGCCACAACAGCUGGAUGUGCAUCUUGGGGGAGAUCAGCAGGGAGGUAGCUACUAUUUCGCAUGGAAGGACUUUGACUUGAUGAUAUCCCAAGCACUUGGAGACGCAAGCAGGUUGGGCAUACAGGAAUGCCAGUAGAGUAUGCAUAGUGAAUAAGCACUGGCAAUGCACAAACCUGUUGUUGAUUCUCUACAGGUUUGGAUCGUACCACAUCAUGGGCAGGUAGUCGAGUCUGAAGACAGACUGUGUCAUUGACUAUCUAAGCCCAUCUACCGCCGCCUUGGCCAACGGCUGCUGGCUGACGGAGAGGUGGGGUGUUUCGUGAUGCCGCCUCGUUGAAAUCCCACAUGCGAUCAAUAUCAAUCUGUGAGGCGCGCGCUCUUUCUUUCCAGGCCCGAAGCACUCGUCAAGCUCAACCUUCGAAAUGCAUAUGCCUCGCAAUGCCGCCAUGAUUAUGAGAAACGAGAUGAUGCCACGCUUGAAAAUGCACCCGUUUGACCAUGUCCACUUGGUGGGUCAUAUUCCUCUCUCCUUAUUCCUGGUCUUGCACCUCCAAAUACGCCAAUCUCAUCAUGUUGAAACAAAAUAAUCCCUCUUGCCCCCUCUUGCCCCCCCCCCCCAAAAAAGGUCAAUCACUUGGCCGGAGCCACGAGCGCCUUGGGCCCCUCCUUGCCAAACGCCUUCUGCCUCUCUGCAUACUCGCGGAUGACUAGCGCACAGGUGUGCUCCGCGCAUAGGCGCCGCCGCCGGGAGGCGGGCAGCUUGGAGGCGAACUCGAGGCCGCUGGCGCGCUCGACGGCCUCGAGGGGCACCUCGAAGUCGGUGAUGGGCUUGUGGUUGGGGAUGGGGGCGUUGGGCAGGACGAAGGCGCCGAGGGCAACGGGCCCGCCCGGGGAGCCGUCCUCGGCGAAGAUGACCUUGUAGAAGUGGGUGGGCACGGCGACGUUGGGCGGGUUGCCGAUCAUCUCGUAGCGGACGUACCACUUGCCGUCGGCGGGGUCGCGACGGGGCAGGUACAGGGGCCCGGUGGCGAUGCGCACGCUGGGGUAGCGGUCGGUCAGGCGGCGGCAAAAGUCCUCAAAGUGGGCCCAGUAGUCGCGGUUGAAGCCCUCGCCGACCUGGGGGCACAUGUUGGACAGGUAGAAGGUGUCGUCCAUGGCGCGCUGGCUCCACUUGCAGUCGGCGGCGGGGACCUGGUGGCCGCGGUCGAAGCCGGAGCGGAAGUAGUCUUUGAGCUUGGCCUUGAACUUGUCCGGGACGGAGGGGUCCUCGGCGAAGGCGCUGUGCUUACGGUCGCCCUCGCGCAUGGCGAGCGACUCCGGGGUGAUGUGCUCGACGACCCAGUGGGGGUUGCGCAGGCGGCGGUCGUAGGAGGAGACGAGGGCGGAGCGGGUGGCCAGGUCGGAGACGGGCCCGGGGAAGCCAUACUCGAAGAGGCCGGCGGGGUUGACGGGGGCGUUGAGGGCGGCGGGCUGCGAGGACCAGACCUGCUGCGCCGGGACGGGCACGGGAGCUGUCUUUGGGGGUGUCCCGGUCGCAACGGUCGUGGUCGUGGUCGUGACGAUUCUCGAGGGGGAGUCUUUCUUGUCUGGCCUCAUGAUAGCUGCAGUUACGGCGGCGCCAGUUCCAGCGCUCACAGCUGCGAUGAUUGCGAAGGUGGCUUUCGACAUGGUGGCGGGCUGGGGCGUCGCGAGGACGACGGGGCCUCUUUUGCGAUUUAUACGGGGGCGCAGACGGGGGCUGCGUGGUGAGAGGGUGACGAGGUCAGGCGGGCGACAAGGCGGGCAACAGGCCUCUCUCACGCGGCUGAGGAUGGGGCGUAUGUAGCCUCGUGGGGUUAGGCUGAGCAGCUGAGGGCGUUUGUUGCUCUGGCUGGGCGGGCUUGGUGACUGGGCUGGGAAAUUUUCGUCAGCCUUCCGGCCAGUGCUCCCAAGCACAUGGCAGAUGCAGC